AUGUCGACAGUCACACUGAAAGACAGCGGUAUCCAGGUCGAGCUGCCUAAUGGCCUGUCGGAAGACCAACUACUAGGUUUCCGACCAUUUAACGAUUGGAUCAAGGGCCUCAACAACUCCCUAAGCCUACAAGCCAAGAGCAAAGACCACCCAUUCCACCAAGACCCCUACCGCCUACGAGGCAUCACAGUUCAGGCCUUUGACAUCUUUGGAUCCGGCCGCGUCGGUUUCCUCAAGGUGAGGGCCGAUGUCAAGAAUGAGGCAGGAGAGGGUCUCCCAGCCAGCAUAUUCCUUCGCGGACCCAGCGUCGGCAUGCUGGUGAUGCUCAUCCCCGAUGACGCCCGGCCCGACAGCGAUGAGCGCUAUGUCGUGCUGACGGUGCAGCCCCGCGUGCCGGUCGGUAGUCUGUCGUUUGUUGAGUUGCCCGCCGGCAUGGUCGACGACAGCGGUAGCUUCGCAGGCGCGGCGGCAAAGGAAAUUCAGGAGGAGCUGGGCUUGGAGAUCCACGAAUCGAAACUGACGUGCCUGAGCGAGCUGGCCGGCGCGGGCGGAUCAUCUGGGAACGAAGCUGAUGAGGGCUUAGCAGAGGCGGUGUACCCUUCUGCCGGCGGCUGUGACGAGUUCGUGACGCUGUAUAGCCACGAGAAGAGGAUCCCUCGCGAGCAAUUGAAGGAGUGGAGCGGCAAGCUGACUGGGCUGCGGGAUCACGGAGAGAAGAUUACGUUGAAGCUGGUGCCGAUGAAGGAUCUGUGGCGGGAGGGCGCGCGGGAUGCAAAGUGUCUUGCGGCUGUGGCUCUUUGGGAGGGACUCCGGCGCGAGGGCAAGCUUUGA